GUCAGUGCGGAUCGCGGGCCGGAGUCGGGUGGGCGGUGCGUCUCUGUUCCGGUCGGCCAGGGCCAUGUGGACGGCAGCCUUGUGAGCGACCCUCUGACGGAACUCGGGUGCGCGCCGGUCGGGUGAGGUGACGGAGCUGCAGUGUGCGUCGCGCAGCGUGGUGUCAGUGAACAGCGUCUCGGAGUGUUCCGCGCGGACUCGUCCCCCCACCGUCAUGUCUCCACCGCUCGGCGCCGCGUGCGAGGAGCGUCAAACCCCCUCCCGUGAGGUGCGCGGGAUGACACCGGGAAUGACGCCGCCGCCGCAGACCGAGUCGGCGUCACUGGACGUCAGCGGGGACGGCAUCAUGCACCUGGAGCCGCGACCGUUCCGGCCGUUCAAAACGUCCGAGGAGUAUCUGUACGCCAUGAAGGAGGACCUGGCCGAGUGGCUGAACACGCUGUACGGCCUCAAUAUGACUGCCGAGAACUUCAUGGAGGUCCUGGAGACCGGCGUGGUGCUCUGCGAUCACGCCAGUAGCGUUCGUCGAUGUGCCGACCAGUAUCAGACAGAGCACGUCGAGCGUCGCGGUCGACGCUUCUCGGCUGGCUUCCGAGUGCCCUCCUGGGAGGUGCCCUACAACCGUCAGGCCCGUGCCGGCUCAUUUUUUGCGCGCGACAACAUCCACAACUUCAUCCGCUGGUGCAACGAACUCGGCGUCCUCGACUGCCUCAUGUUCGAGACCGAAGAUCUCGUCUCGCGCAAGAACGAGAAGCACGUGAUUCUGUGCUUGCUGGAGAUCGCGAGGCGCGGAGCCAAGUUCGGCAUGGCGGCGCCGAUCCUGGUGCAGUUCGAGCAGCAGAUUGACAGGGAGAUCGCCCGUGAACAGGCUGGGGAGGACGCGGAAGAUGCAGAGGAUGAACAGGAGUUGGAGGACGAGCCCGAGGAGCCGCCCAUGGUGUACGGACCGACACAACAGGUGGUCACCAACGACCUGAAGAGCCUCGACGAAAUGGUGCGUGACCUGGUGGAGCGGUGCUCCUGCCCCAGCCAGUUCCCCAUGAUCCGCGUCUCCGAGGGCAAGUACCGCAUCGGAGACACCAAGACCCUCAUCUUUGUACGGAUUCUGCGCAACCACGUGAUGGUUCGUGUCGGCGGUGGCUGGGACACUCUGGAGCACUACCUGGACAAACACGACCCGUGCCGCUGUAGAUCAGGUCACCGGGCGGCCAUAGCGUCACGUUUGUUCAUGAAGCCGGGCACACACGACGGAGAGAGGCAGCUGUCGGCCGUCAAAUACGAACGACUGGACGGCGACAACAACGACGUGGGCGGCAGCCCGGCACUGCGCACGCCCAUCAGUUUCCGCGGCUCGCCGGCACUGAGGAGACCGUCCCAGCUCAGCGCGCCCGACAAACGUCUCUACGAGGAGGUGUCUGGCGACUCGAGUUCCGAGGUCUCCGACGAGGGCUACCGCUCCCAGGGUCACUGGAAGGGAGCACACUCGCUCAAAGGGGCAGAUAAUAUUGACCGCCCUGAAUCGAGUCUCACGCACUCAUCGACGGAAUCCAGUGACCCGACCACGGAGCAGCCCAUAUCGCCGACCACGCCCACCACGCCGACCGCGCCCUGGCCCGAUAAGCCCGCCAAGUCGCGCCGCUCCUUCAUGGACUCGGCGCAGCGCAUGAUCAAGAGCCUACGUCCGCCCAAGGCCUCGCCGACGCCGACGCCGACGGCCGCCACGCCGCCGCCGGCGCCGACGCGUCGCCUGUCGUCGGACUCUUUGCGCCGCGGCGGUCUGCAGCGGAGCCAGUCGGGCGGCAGCGAGGCCGGCCUGCGCGCCUCGGUCCGCUCCAACCGCGCCAGCGAGGCGCGCCUGGCCCGCUGCGGCAAGAACACGUGGAGCGGCGGCGGCGGUCGGCAGCGCGAGCGGCCCGCGCUCGGCGCCGACACGUUCCGCGCGCCGCCGCCCAACCGGGCCACCUCGGCGUCGCCGGGACCGCGCCGGCGCGCGCCGCCGCAGCCGGCCGCCAGCCCGGCGCCGCGCCGCAAGCACAGCCACCUGCUGGCCGACCUGAUGGACGACCCCGAGCUCGACGACGACGCCAAGGUGCUGCAGAAGAUGGAGGAGCUGGUGCGCCAGUACAAGCCGUUCCUGGCGCAGCGGCAGCGCGAGGUCGAGGGCCUAUCGCCGCCGGCGCCCUCAGUCACCCCUCCGGCGCCGGCGCGGGUCACUCCGCGCAAGGAGUCCGGCGCCGGCACGGCCAAGUCGCGCAUCCCGGCGCCCACCUUUUUCCAGCAGACGCGCUCGCCGACCGAGACGUGUCUCUGAAGUGUCCAUUCCGCCGCGAGUUGUGAUACCGUGUGCCUGAAUCUCGUGAGCGACUGGGGCCCGCCGCGCCGACAGCGCCACCUGCGCGGGCGCGGCGGACCCGGGACCGCGGCCCAGCAGCCAACAGCGGCCCCAUGUUGCGACGGGAGAUGAUGUGUGCAAUAGGUGUGUGCUUUUUUAGACGCAUGGUCCCAGCGCGAUCGGCGUGGCAAAGAGAGCUAACCUUGUACUUGUUUUAGAAUGUGUAUAGUGUUGUUAUGAAGUUUGUGUUGCCCAGAGUGUCCGCGCCAGGUCGGACGGAUCUUUUAUAUGUAUCUGUACAUAGCUUACGAUGAGUUGCAAAUGCAAUUUCACUGCCUCGUCUCACAACACUCGUUUCUCUUGCACUCCAAUCUGUUGUCUUUUCUGAAAGUUUUUUUUUUAUAGUUGGCAUGUUAAACAGAGAAGGCAAUAACUAUCACUGGUGCCCGCUAUAACUGCACAUAGGCUGUUCCUGUCACCUAUCGCUGUCCCUGUCUUAGUAGGAGAUAUUAGGGAUAUGUAGAACACCAGGCGUCGUUUUCUCACCACGCGGGCAUGUCCAAUACCAGACGACAAUAAGGCGAGGUGCGCCGCCCGCUGUGCGCGACGUGUCAACUAUUCGGUUUGCGGGUACAUGGUGAAAGAGGGCUGAGACGAAUCGAGUGUGUGUGUGGACGCGAGCAUUCAGCCGAUCCGGCGGUGCUCAUUAUCUGUGAUUUGGCAUAAUGGCAGCUGCUGGCACGCGGCGCCGGGCUGAGGGGCGGCACGCUCCCACCUCUGUGCAACGAGGGGCAACGAAUGUGGAACGAAUCGCGAGACGGUGGGAUAGUAUAAUCGCAUUAGCCGGGGAUGUGUCCGUUCAGUUAUUAAGACGUUGCUUGCUGCCAUUGAUCAAACUGUAAGAUGUGUACGGGCCGGUCGCACAACGGCCGAUGUUAUGACCCUUCGUUACUGUAUAUGCUGGGAACAAUGACGUUCGCGUAGUGGCUGAGCGUAACCGUCCGAUAAUAAUCAUUGUUCGCCGUUAAUAAACAACCAAACCCUC